AUGGAGCAACCGGCUGAACAUUUGUCCAAUGCGUCAUCAAACGCGCAACUGCAAACAGUACCACUGGCAGCCCUGCCGGGCGACGAUGGUGCGGUUCAACACAAUACAACACCAAGCGUUGAGAAGGAAGAAGCGCCGAUGGAAGGUGUGAAAUCUGCUGCACCAGUUCCUCCACAGCUUUUAGUAGUGGAUCUGGUGGUGGCAGCUGACGCCAAACCGAACGAAGAGGUGCAGGAGUCCACCUUGUCACCAAAGACAGAUGCGUGCGGUGCCACAAGCGCUGUGGCAUCGUGUGACCAGCCCGCGAACGCAAGCACACCCUCGUAUCACACAUUGGAGUUUGCGCUGGAGGAUGAGCGUGCGCACAUGGAGCAAGUGGAGCAAAUCCUUGAGGAGGCCCAGGAGGCGGAGCGGCAGCGGUAUGCAUCUGAGGGGAACCUGGAGUCGCAGACCACAGAGGAGGAGGAGGAGGAGGAUGAGGAAGCAGAUGAGCUUUCUGCUGAGGAGGUGGAGCCGUGUGUGGAUGAGCUGGCUUCACGGGAGACGAACGACAGCUCCAAGGCUGAUUUCGCACUGGACGUUGCUGCUGCCGCUGGAGCUGAUGAUGGUGCUGCUGCUGUCGAUGCCCGUGCCGAUUCGACGGAGCCAGUGACAACUAAGGCUGCUGCAGACACUGAUACUUCUGCCUUGGCGACCCCUACGAAAAAUGGCAGCGGAGGGUGUUCUGCAUCUGGAUCGAGGCGGAGCUCUCACGCGUCGCGGCGGAGCUCUCACACCUGGCGGCAGAGGCGUGCAUCCAUGCAACGCGAUGAGAACGGACGACUGCACAUGCGGUACUUGUCUCUGACCGAUGCUGUUGUGAAGUCAGCGUGGGGAAGGGCGAAAACGAGGUCUGACGCGGCGUUGGAUGCGCAGCUGCUUUCAGAGGCAGUUCGUGCCUCAACAGCGCAGCCGCAGAGCCGCGCCAACGCUGGCGUUUUGCGACCACCGAAGGCAAAGCCUGUGGCACCGCCAAUGGGGCUUCUGCAUCCGCUGGGUGUGGGGGUGCCAGGCAACCGUUGCUCCGGUCCACCAGACGCCCAUCCAGUUGCACGAUUUCUUCCAGUUCUGCCGCAUGUGACGCGAGGAGCUGGAUUUUUUUCGAUUAAGCGGACUUGUGAACGCAUCGUCUGCACGGCCUCACCGAAACUGGGGAGGGAGGCUGCGCGCGUGCCGUCGGCUUGGGCUUCUCCCGUUGGUACGGAGCCCGCCCUGCCGGGCGUGAUUGAGACCACCGCCCCCCGCACGGCGCACAGCUACGAAGAGGGGAGCAACCGCUCUGCCACGCCUACUGCAACGGGCACUGCCACGCCAUUAUCUCACAACCUCCCACGUGCUUGGAAGACACUACUGCCAAGCGUGUUUGAGUCGGUCACGUGCGUGCCUCCGAUGCAGAGGGAAUGCGAGAAUAACACCUGCGGAAAAUCCAACACACUGGAAGGAGAGGCAGCAUCACCUCAAGCACCACCAACAGCAACAGCACCAGACGCAGCAGCAGCAGCAGCACCAGAUACAGCAACUGCAGCAACACCACCCACAAAAGCAGCAGUGACAGACAACUGCAUUGACAGAGAGACUUUCCCGAAAGAGGCCGAUGCGGUGUUGGAGAGCUGGCCAAGCGAGACUGUUGCGCCUCAUGCUCCUGGCGAGCACUGGCCUUCAGCCGCAGUGGUGCUGCACGUCCCCACGCCUCCGUCAGCGCCACCCCGAGCCAGCGCCGUGGAUGGCGCUCGACGGCUGUCACGCCCGCCGCCACGCCCCUCGGCGCCCGAAGAAGUCAUCAUCGAUGGCAUGCGGCGCUCCUCGUGCAUGCUGCCGGUGUACGUCGCGGCGGAGGAGGNCCCGAAGAAGUCAUCAUCGAUGGCAUGCGGCGCUCCUCGUGCAUGCUGCCGGUGUACGUCGCGGCGGAGGAGGUGUUGGAGGAUAAGCGUGGCUUCUUGGAACGCAUUCAGGACAUCAUCGAGGAGGUCCAUGAGGAGGCGCUGCGCGAGGCAGAGGAGGAGGGGGAGCUGUGAGUCCUGGCAGAGGCAACACGUGCCCAAAGGUCUCUUUCCCAGCUUUGUUGCGUUUGCGCCGAUUAUAUGGAAAUUGUGUGGUUACACAGCGCUACUACGAUGUGUUUCUUAUGGAACUAUGGAAUUUAUUCAAAUGCGCAACCACCUUUUUUCUUCCUUCUUUCCUUUUUUUUUGGUUUCAUUUUGUUUUUUAUUGAUCUUGGCUGCCCAGCCCGUGCUCAUUGUGUACCCCACUCCCAUUGUUGUUGGCGUACCGCAACGGGGACUCCACCUCCGUGUAAUUGUUUGUUUGUUUUCCUCUUGUUUGUUACGCGUACGGCUAUGUAGUAUCCUUCUGCAGGAGUACAACCGCUAUGUAAGUUGUUCUUGUGAGGGGUAUAUGUGUCUGGGUGUGUGCCUGCGGCAAACAAAGACAACUGUGUCUCUCAAAUUUCCUUGUCCCGUUCCUCUGGAGUAG